GCCGCUCAGCUGGAGCAACUGAGCGGUGCCAGGCCAGGUGUACGCGUCCGUCGGUCAGUCCGUGCCCUCACCGGAGACUAGCCUCGGGGGCCGCCCGGGCUCGUCCCUGCGCCCGGCACCAUGAAGCAGGAGUCCGCAUCCCAGAGCACCCCGCCCGCCUCGCCGUCCCCCUCACAGACCCUGGAGCUCGCCGCGCAGCGCCCCCGGGACGACGGCGACCCUCCGGCGCUGUGGAUUUUCGGUUAUGGCUCCCUGGUGUGGAGGCCUGACUUCGCUUAUAGUGACAGCCGUGUGGGCUUCGUGCGUGGCUACAGUCGCCGCUUCUGGCAGGGAGACACCUUCCAUCGGGGCAGCGACAAGAUGCCUGGCCGUGUUGUGACCCUCCUUGAAGACCGUGAGGGCUGCACUUGGGGUGUGGCAUACCAGGUUCAAGGUGAACAGGUGAGCGAGGCCCUGAAGUACCUCAAUGUGCGGGAGGCCAUUCUCGGCGGCUAUGACACCAAGGAGGUCACCUUCUACCCUCAAGAUAACCCUGACCAGCCACUCAAGGCAUUGGCUUAUGUGGCCACCCCACAGAACCCUGGCUACCUGGGCCCUGCACCUGAGGAGACCAUUGCCACACAGAUCCUGGCCUGCCGUGGCUCCUCAGGCCACAACCUGGAGUACUUGCUGCGCCUGGCGGACUUCAUGCAGCUCUGUGGGCCUCAGGCUCAAGAUGAACAUCUGGCAGCUAUUGUGGACGCUGUGGGCACCCUGCUGCCCUGCUUCUGCCCCACCGAGCAGGCUCUGGCACUGGUUUGA